AUGUUACAUAAAGGCAGCGUAAGUUUGAGGGCAUUUUCCAUUUAUGCACUACAUGUGCAACCAAUUGUCGCAUGUUGGGCAUUGGAUCCAAUGUACAUCUCCCGCUCCCUCGACCGGCUCCAUUCUGAGGCAUGCGGCGCAUAUAUCUCUAGCAUUGACAUCAUAGUUUGGAAACACUUGAAGAGGUCCACGUUUCGCCUUUCCAAUCUUGCGUAG